UAAUAAUUUGACCGUUUAUAAAAAAAAAUAUUACUAUAAAAUGUGUCGUAUUGGCUGCGCUGCUUUAUAAAAAUAUAAUCGUAGUGAUCGAAAGUGCGGCACGCGAAAAGAAAACGUUAAAAGCGCAGGCUACAUUCAAGAAGACAAAAAGCAGUCGCGUUCCUAACUGUUUUGAAGCCAGUCUCAGCCAAGGGAAUGUGACAAAUAAAAUUGCGAAGAGUUUUGAACGCAACUCGCAUUAGACGAAGGAGUUGCCCUUUCUGAACAGCAUCAAAUUUAUGAUCACCAGAUACUGGAAAGAUUUUAAAGCUAGGCUUUCAAGCUGCUAAUGCGUAAUGUUUAUUUAAAGCGAGAUGCAGCCGUUAUGAAUAGCCGUUAUGAAUUAGGAGUAACUUCGCUGUGAAGAAAUUGCUCUGAGUUCUAAUUAUCCACGAAUGGACCUGGUCACUGUCGGCUGAGACAUCAUUUACAAAUCCGCGCUGAGACUGAGGCGGGACCGCCAGGAUGGUGGAGCGGUCGGACCGAGCCCCUUUGCUAGACUGGGAAGAGGUUCCGUCCGCGGAGAAGCCUGGAGGUACUUCUCCGACGAAGGAACGACUGUCGAGCCCUUCCAACAGCCGUGCCUUAGGAUGUUCCGCGCCCGGGUUUGGGUGGAGCAGCGGACCGGGGGGUCCCAUUGCCAGCAGGUCUGUCUCCAACGCAGACGGCUGCAGCGCCCCGCCCGCGACCUCCAGCGAUCUGGCGGGUACAGACGAAGCGCUGCCACCCGACAAGGAGGAGCAUCUCUCGGAUACAGGACCGAGGGAGGUGUCGCUAGAAGACAGGAUGGUGAAAUGGGAGGAAAAGGACCAGAUAGUGUCGGUGUUUGUGGUUACAUUCAAUACCAGAUCAGGAAACAUGCUGGAGUGGUGUCUGCCCAAAGACAUGGACCUGGAGGGAGUGGAGUUCAAAGCCAUUGCCAGCGGCUCCCACCGAGUCAGCACAGACUUCAUCUACUUCCGUAAGGGCUGCUACUUUGGCCUCGCCUGCUUUGCCAACAUGGCAGUGGAGAGCACGGUGGAGAGGGGGGCGAGGAUGAAGUCGGUUGGGAUCCUGUCUCCCUCCUACACCCUGCUCUACCGCUACAUGAGCUUCCUGGAGCACCAGGUCAGGCUACAGCUUCAGUCCCCGGGCAACUACUCUCACCUUGAGGCCUUCUAUGAGGACAAGAGAGCACUUCUGCCCCCUAGUGGAGACGCUGUUGUCACUGCGUUACCAGCCAAUGCUUGGAGUGCAGCAAUCAACCACAGCAUGCAUCCCGAGAUGAAGAUCACCCACCCGGCCGGCUGCAUGUCCCACUUCAUCCGCUUCUUCGGGGAGCAGAUCAUGGUACUGUGGAAACUGGCUCUCCUCCGCCGACGCAUCCUCAUCUUCUCUCCUCCACCCGUGGGUGUGGUCUGCUACAGAGUGUACUGCUGCUGUUGCCUGGCAAACAUCUCUAUCCCCGGGGUGGGCGUGGCCGUGCCCGAGUUCCGGCCCUUCUUCUACGUUAAUGUGGCUGAUAUCAGCGCCCUGGAGAACGAGCUUUCCUAUGUCGCGUGCACCACUGAGAAGAUCUUUGAGGAGAAGAAGGAUCUGUACGACGUGUACGUAGAUAACCAGAAUGUAAAGACCUACAGAGACGGCCUGAAGCCGCUGCUCCGCCUCAGCACAGCCGACAGGGAAAAGUAUCGUAAGCUCACCGAGCAGAGACAGAUGCUGCUGUACUCCCAGGAGGAGAAUGGAGACUGUGUGUCCAGUGAAGAGGAUCUCUUUAUUCUGUUUUUCCUGGAACAGAACAACAGGAUUUUCCAGACACUGAGCGAGGUGGCAGGAAGCCCCGACCCCACCGUAACCCAGGAGAGCGUGAGGGCCAUGGGCCUGGAUCCGCACGGAGACAGGCUCUUCCUGCUCCACCUUCUGGAGAUCUACGGCUACGACACCCUGCUGGUGUCAGAGCAGCUCUGCUGCAGCUGAGAGUCGCCGCUGCUGGUUUUAGAAGGUGGGCUGACUUGCCUCGAGCCAACUGAGAGUGCUGCACUUCAUGGAGUUUUCAGGACAGUUUGAGUGUCCAGAAACGUCUCUGGAGCAUUUGUUUCGUUUUGUUUUCUAUCUCCACCUGCUUCUUUUGUUUGCUGUAGUUGUGCUCCUACAUAACCUGUUGGCAGGAUCAACAAUAAGUCAGCUGCUGUGGUACAAACGAAAGUAACGUAGUUAGUUUUACUCAGCGCAGCUUCACAGAGGAGAUAAAGUCACUGUUUGAAUUUCUCAAACUCGGCUGAGGAAAGAAAUGCGUCGUUUGAACACCGUAGGAAGCCUCUCCGAACCCAGGAUCGAUGAUAUAACUGAUGCUAAACUGGAACAAACAGAACUGGGGCAUCUAGUGGAAGAUGAAGACAGAGAGAUGGAAACUUUUGUUCAAACUUGUUCAAACUGAAAAUUAAUGUAUCUAAGUAAAAGAGUUAGGGUUGUUGUAUAAAAUAUCGAUUUUUCCUUUAUGUGUCGUGUGUCCAUGUGUGACUGGAGGGCUAAAUUUCAGGCCACUGUUACUCUCCUUGUAUCAAGUGCUGGAUUUAAACAUCCAAUUAAGAAGCCUCUUUGUCGAUAUCAGGGCCUCCUUUUUUGUAUCCUCACUAACAGGUCAAACUGCCUUCCUCUUAAGUCUGUAAGCAUCAGUGUUUAAGUGGCAUUUAAAGCAGCUAAUGGAAGAUGUUGCUGAGUAAUUCCAUUGACAUCUCCCAGGCAAAGCUAAGACUACAGAUCAUUUGUCUCCAUGCACACAGAGGAGUGUUGAAAUGGCUUGUUUGCACCUAAAGUCUCUUUCAUUUUUCAUUUUAAUUUACCAUCUCCAGUGUCAAGAAAAAGUAAGGAAGAGAAUGAACUCACUAUAUAUUUUCACCUCCAGCAAGUCAGGGACGAGUGCUUUAGCUUUUUAUUGCCUCCUUUUCUGGAUGCUGAGUAUGGAGCUUGCAGGCAGGAGGAAAAGAAGAAGACCACAGACAAGAUUGAUGCAGAGGGUUGUUGUGACAAGAGGAUGCUAGAGAUAGGGUGAGAUGGAGGCAGACGAUUCGCUGUGGCGACUCCUAAAGAGAGCAGCCGAAAGAAGAUGAUACUGUGAAAUACUGAGGUCACUGUACGUGCAAAAAAAAAAAAAAUCUCUUUAAACAAAAGCUCAGGUCUUAGACUGAUCCUGGCUCUGUAUGAUGUCAGUAAGAGAGGAUAUUCCUAAUAUGGUAGCAGAUGCCCCACCCACUUGCUGUCCGGAGGGGCAGCCAAUCAGAAGAGAAGGUGAAAGUGAGCUAAAACUUCAGACACAGGAUGAACUCAAGGGCUACACCAAGGCCCCUUAUAAGUUGAGCAAGGAUCCUUCUUCAAGUACAUCCUAGUCCUAGAACCGAACCAUUUAGCUGGAAAUGAGAAUAUAGGUUCACUUUAUUUAAAACACUAAUGCAUUUUUUAUAAUUAUACAUUUGUUUGUUCAGGGUUUUUUGGGGUUUUUUUAAGAGCUCCUUCAUCUUCAAAAGCUCACUGCUAAAAUAGCACGAGUUAGCUCUUUUAGCAGAUAUGACCACGACACCAGAUAGCAAGAAAGUUUGUAGAGCUGUUUUGUAAGCUGCACACUGGAUUUAUCGGUUUUUGGUUAAAACAACUGUUGAUCGUUGAUAACAGCUGGCUUAAAUGUGAGGUUCUACUGCACAACCAACAUGUAUAAAGGACAUCAGAGCUCUGGUGGCAAUUUUAUCAAAAGAAAAACUUUUCCUGUCACAAUUGUUCAUAUAAAAGUGAAAAACUAUCCUAAUGGAGCUUUAAAUCUGUUUUCCUUCUUGUGGGAUGUUUUCAGGUUUAGCCUGCACGUUUCCACAAGUCAGGUAGAACUGCCAUCAAACACUACAGCCAAUGUGUGAGGAAGAUUCUUUAUUGUCAUCAUCACAUGACCGCUUCAUGGACAUGCAGUCAGACAGGAACAUUUGUAUUCAUCAUCUCAGUGGCUAAAACACACUGUACAGUAAAUGAACCUGGUGCUUUUGGUUUCUAUGUGCUGCAGACAUGACAGGAUGUAAACAUUCCUUUUCCAGUUCUUUUCGUGUUUUUGUUGCUUAGCUGUAAACUGUUGAGUGUAAAUAUCCACUUACUGUAAUAAUAUGUGAAGAAAUGGGAUCAGCUGAAUGUGUUUUAUAAGGCGAUCGUGAUCCCGCAGAGCCUCCGUGUGUCACUGGAACUCUUUGCAAUCGUGUGUUUACUGUCUGCUGUAAGAAAAUAACCUUGAGCACAUUUUCUCUUCACUUGGCACCUUAGCACUUGUACAGAGUUAAAGCAAAUGCAUUUGUAGUUGAAGGGAUAGUCUGACUCACGUUAAAACACCUUCACUUUAUUUAUUUUACUGUAAACCAUUUCUGAAAUAAAGUGCACAACACUUUUAAAGA